AUGGGAAAUGCCUCUGAUUCCUCAGCGUUCAUGUCCACCUUAUCAGAGAGAGAAGACCUGAUUUUUGGCACACUCUAUUUGCUCUUUGGCAUAGUUUCUCUCUUUGGAAAUUCCCUGCUCUUGCUGGUGGCCUAUCGGAAGAGAUCCAUGUUGAAGCCUGCUGAAUUCUUCAUUGUGAACCUGGCUAUCAGUGACCUGGGCAUGACGGUGACCCUCUUCCCUUUGGCCACGCCAUCCUUCUUUGCACACAGAUGGCUGUUUAACCAUGCGAUGUGCACAUUCUAUGCAUUCUCUGGCAUGUUCUUUGGCCUCUGCAGUCUUACCAGCCUGACAGUGCUAAGCACGGUUUGCUGCCUGAAGGUCUGUUAUCCAGCAUGUGGCAAUAAGUUCUCUCCCACACACGCUGGUGUCCUGUUACUGUGUGUCUGGGCAUACGCCCUUGUCUUUGCCAUAGCUCCUCUAGCCAACUGGGGCAGUUACGGACCAGAGCCCUAUGGGACAGCCUGCUGCCUUAAGUGGAAAGCUUCAACCAGGGAGGCAAUGAUCUAUAUCGUGGUCCUCUUCAUCUUCUGUUACCUCUUCCCUUGCCUUCUGAUCCUCAUCUCCUACUCGCUCAUCCUUUGGACUGUGAAAGUGUCCCGAAGAGCCGUGAAGCAGCACAUGUCACUGCAGAGCAAAGCCAACAGCGUGCACAGCUUGAUUGUCAAGCUAAGCGUUGCUGUGUGCAUUGGAUUUCUGGCUGCCUGGACCCCGUAUGCAAUUGUUGCCAUGUGGGCAGCCUUUGGAGAUGCCAGCCAGGUUCCAGUUCUGGCCUUUGCACUCUCUGCCGUUUUUGCCAAGUCCUCAACGACCUACAACCCUCUGGUCUAUCUGCUUUUCAAACCCAACUUCCAGAAGUUCCUCUCCAAAGACCUGUCCCUGCUGCAGGCCAUCUGUGCCGUCAUCUGCUGCAGCCACCAAAGUGUCGUCACACUCCAGUCUUUCCAGACCAGAGAGGGCAGAACCUCUGCCAGGCUCUCCACAGCCUUCCCUGAGUCCCCUGGGGCUUGCAGGAACUGCAACGACACUUUUGAAUGUUUCAGUAACUAUCCCAGGUGCUAUAAGCUCACCCAGCAAUCCGACCCUACAACCAGGCCCAAUCUCCUGGCAGACAGGCCUGCUUGCCAGCCGGCUCUGAAAAGGACUGUGCAGGUCAUGGUGCUUGUUACCAGGAAGAAGUCGGGAAUGGGGACUACAAGCGUGGCAAGAAACGUUCUGCCUUCAGACCUUGUGAAAGAUCUUAUCUGAGCAUCCAGAGAGGCCAGGAGCUCCUGAGCAGGGCUAGGCCUCCCCAUCCUAGACAACAGGGAAUAUUUUAGCUUCAUAUAUUUAAAAAAAAUCUGUUUAUAUGCCUGAUGGGUCCUAACCUGCAAAAACGCCCUUUAUGUGAUACAGAAAACUGUACACCAGCCUUCCAUUUUUGCUGUUGCAAUUUUGGACCUACAAUUUGCCCCUGUAAAAAGGGACACUGGUGUCUGAAAAUCUGACUAUGUAUUACAGUUAUGGAUGUUUCCACUGAAAUACGCUCCUCAGGGCCCUUUACCUUUGUUUUUCCAUAUUCUGGUGCUUUGAUGGCCACACAUGAACUUUAUUCUCUUGAGAAGCAUUGUCUAGCAUGCAGGGCUGGGAGCUAGAAAGUUCUGACCCCAGGUCUGAUCCAGAUCCCUGUAGCCUUUUGCAACCAAGUCACUUAAUCAUGUCAGUUUUCCCACUCAUCUACCCCACAGGAGGACAGUGAAGAUUAAGUAGUUAAUGUUUGCAAAGUGCUUUGACUCCAAAGAGCCUUAUAUAAGCACUCAGUAUUGUAUUAAAUCUCAAGAGACAUCACUCUGUGUUAUGCCAUAUUACCCAACCCCCCACCAUUAAUAUAAAAUAAAGCCCUGUCCUACAAAUAAGGAUUUGGGUCUAAGAUGAUCCUGUUCAACUAGUACAGAUUCCAUGUGCUGCUCCCCACCGUGUGAACAGCAAGACAAACUGCAGGACAUCCGUUUAGGUAGAUUGGCAGUGAUGCAAGACUGGGCUUUAUUGUCCAUUUAGCUUUUAGGUGUAAUUUAAACAACAUGUAGGCAACACAUUCCUAGGGGAGGGGACUGGGGUAGAGGAGAGCAGAGCAGUUAUCAAAUAGCAUGAGCCAAAGUCCAUUGAAGUUGAUGAAUAAAUUCCCGAUUACGUGCUGAACCCUGUCACAGGGCAAUUUACGAGGCAGAAAAAGAUGGCAGCGAGAAGCCCGUGCACCAAUCCACAACCUGGUCAGCUCGCAUUGCUUCCUGUUCUCAGAACUCCACCUUCUAAUGGCAAAACUGACAGAGUGGGCACAAAUACUAUAUAUAUGCACAACUCUUCCUGCAUAAGCACUGCAAGGAAUGCAAUUUACUAGAACAUUUGGGUAAAUAAGGGAUUCCCUAAACAAGAAUAUCCUUCUGUGACAGAAAAAAGGCUGCUAUGUCCUGGAUAUAUACAAAAGGAUCCAACUCCAGAAAUGCCAUGUCCAAGAGACCCAGACUGGAGAAAGAGUGGCUACAUGGAAGACAAAGAGAGAUGUCCAGUCUCUUUACUAUAGAGUUGGCUAUUGGAAUUACAUAUCCAGAACCAUAAAACAAACUGGGGAAAUGAAAUGAAUACAACACCCUCAGGAAAAACAUCCUCAGCACAUGGAACGCUAGCUACCAUGUUGUAUAAUAUGCAAAACAUUUCUAAGAUCCUGUAGAAACUCUGCAAAAAGAAUAGGAGUACUUGUGGCACCUUAGAGACUAACAAAUUUAUUAGAGCAUAAGCUUUCGUGGACUACAGCCCACUACUCUGUUGGUUACCAGGACCACUAAUCAAAUGAGGAGUGAGAGAAAACAAUACACACUGGAAAUGGAGCAGAAGCCAGGUAACUCAUACACGUUCUGCAUUUUGAAAGAAGUUACUGGCUAAGAAAAAUUUCCACCUUAAAAUACAGCAGUGGGGGUGGGGAGAAUGAUAAUAUGCUCAGACUAGGAAAUACAAAAAUAUAAUAAAAGAAGAACAGAGGUGUAGAAGAGUAAGCUCAUCGCUGGAGCCGCCCCCCAUGACUGAGGAUGGCCUAGCAGGCCCUCCUUGUCUGGCAACCCCUGCCUACAGCUGCUCCAGCCUUGCAGUGAUGUGGCUCAUCUUGUGACUCAGCCCUCCAGCCAGACUGCUUUUCAUCCCACCCCUUAAAGUCCAACAAACAAUAGUCUCAUGGCCUCAAGAUGAGUCUUUGGUGCAAGUCUGGACUUGUUAGUAUUACCACCCCAGUAUCUGGGGUCUUCAACCACCUUUGCCAGUGGUUGGUAGGGGAACCCAGGCUUUCCCUCUCUUCUAGGUUCCAAGCCAGGGACCUUGUAUCAAGCAGGCAAGGUCUGUCUACUCAGGCCCUCUGCUUCUUCCUACCUCGGCUAUCUGCAGGCCUCCCUAACAGCCCCUUCUUGGUCUCACCCUGUAGCAACAUUCCUCACACCUACCUGAAGGAUUCAGGCUUCACCUGUCCUUCAGGGCUACGGUUUGCAGGAUUCCCCUUGGAGUUCUCUGAAGGAUCCCAAACCCACCAUAUAAACUUAAACCACCUCUACCCUCACUAGACUUAGGCUUCAGAACACCUCCCUGAUACUCUACUCCUCAGCUGAAGACUAGCUCCCCAGGGCUGCCUUCCUGAAGUCAUAUCCCUCUUUUGAAAUCCACCAUAGGUGCUAACUCCCUCCUAUCCCUACUCCCUUAUUAAGGGCAGUAAUCUCAGAGAGCAGGAGCUCAUAGCAUCCUCUCUAACUGAGCUUUCUAAAUCCUUUUAAGGAACACCUGACUCUUCUUCAGGUGGAUCUGCUAAUUGACCUACUUACCACCCCUACAGGUGCCAGCAGGCAGGCUAAUUGAGUUCACAGGCUCCUGUUAACCCUCUCAGGACCAGUGUGGGAUUUACACUCCAUCACCAGAGAAGGUGGGGGAGGGGGAAGAUAAUACAUAUUUCCUAACAGCGAAGGGCCAGAUUUUGAUGCCCCACAACCCACACUCACAUUGAAUUGUACCGUACUAACACAAUUGGCUAUAUUGAUUUCCAUGGGGCUACGUGCAGAGUAAGGAUCUACUGAGUGUGAGUAUGGGUGGCAAAAUUUGGCCCUAAAUAAACAGAUACUCCCAUCCACUGGAAAGACAGAGCAGCUCAGACAGUAAAUGGCUCACAGUAUCUGCACUAAUAUUCAGCUGGCCAGAUGCCUAAAGAACUCCCGCCACUGCUCGAAAUACAGAAACUGCUUCCAGACUAACUAAAUUCGACAAACAUAAUUAAAACAAGAUUGCAAAAUUC